AUGGUGUCUCCUAAUAAGCCCCUCGUCCUCUUUCUCGCCGCCGUUUCGGCCGCCCCUCUAGAGCAAUCCCUCUCCGAACUCGCCGUGGCAACCAUUAAGCAAGUAAAUCAGGACGUCACUAACAUCGACACCAACGUCAAGAGACUCACCCGCCUUCUUGCCGCUCUAUCCAACGUCUACCUCGCUCUCGCCGGCGGUGCUAUCCACUCGGGCCAGCUCCCAAGGCCCAUUCCCAUCAAGGACCUCCUCGGCUUAGUGGAACACGUGAAUAAGACGCUCGCCAUCGACAAUCCCAUCGCCGUGAACACCCUCAUUAGUAAGAAGAAGGAGCUCGAGGAUGCCAAGGUUGCCGGUUUUCUUGUGCCGAGGCUAGAGAUGCUGCUAGCUGGACAUGAAGCCUUCUCCAACCACAUCUUAGCCAGAGUCCCGGCCGAUGCAUCGCCUGAGAUCAAGGCGCAAGGCAAGGCAGUUGUCGAGGUGAUUUCGGACGCGCUGCGCAAGGUAUUAAGACUUUUCGGACUCGGAGCUAAACGAUUCAAAUAA